UUGUUGUGUGUUUUUCUUUUCAUGUUUUGCAAAAUAACCAUUAAUUUGACUGUAAAAAUUCUUUGCAGUUUUAGGAACAUAGAUUUACUAAUAUAUUUUUUAUAAUUAAGGGGAUUGAACGGAAUUUAUGUUUUAAUUUAAUUUUAUUUGAUUAUUUUAAAUCAACUUUCAUGCACAUACACUUUCUCCUACCCCCAACUUACGAUAUUAAUAUUUAUUAUUUAUACAAACAAUACGCGGUAAUUGAUCAUUAUAGGCACAUUCCCUUUAAGAAGGUUAGAGUUUAACCAGUAUUUAUUAUUUAUAUUAAUAUCCUAUAGUUCUAGUUCUAGUUCAACUUCCAGUAGUUAAACAUAUACACACAUUAACGCGUUAUAGAUAGAUUAUUUUUCCAUGGAUUCAUACUGCUGAAUCAAGAUGAAGUAUGUCCCGUGGAUCCUGCUGCAGUAGUUGAAUCAGUAUGCCGAGAUUAGUUGAAGGAAUUACACCACGCAAAGGGUUAAUGGCGCCUCAAAAUAAUUUCCUUGAUAAAAUCGCGAAACGAUUCAAAGGAACACACGCUAACUUUGUGCUCGGGAAUGCUGCUAUUGGUCCUGACUUCCCAAUAGUGUACUGCAGUGAUGGUUUCUGUGAACUGACCGGGCAAAAUAGGGCAGCAGUCAUGCGCCAACCUGUACACUGCCCGUUCUUAUACGGGCAGGCUACUGACACAAGACAUAGAGCUGAAGUAGAAACAGCCUUGAGAGAAUCUAAAGAACUUAAACUUAGUAUUCAGCUCUACGCAGAUCCAGGAAUUCCAUUCUGGUGUUUGUUGGAUAUUAUUCCAAUUAGAAAUGAAUUUGGAAAAGUUGUUUUAUUCCUUCUCUCUUUUAAGAAUAUAACAGAAACCUAUUCUGCCUCCAGGAAUCCGUCCACCUAUAGUCUGGAUAGUAGACUUGAGUUUGAACCACUUGAUUCAGAAGAUACAAAGAAAUCCUUUUCCCGACGACGAUCUCGAGCAGUUCUCAGCGAACUUUCCGGGUGCUAUAUAUACCAGGAACCUAAACAGACAGGGAGAAGGGAGGGAAGAAGGCACUUUUCCCGUUUUCUUUCCUCCAGCUCGGCUCCUAUUUACAAAACUGCUCGAAUGCAGGAAAGAUGUGGCAUUAUUUCACACUACGGAUCUUUUCGCAAGGUCGGUAGCGGUUCAGAGACGCGGUUUAAAUUCUUUAAAUUCAGCCUCAGAGCCGGGAAUUUACGGUGUUGGGAUUUUGUAAUUCUUGUUGCUAUCAUGUACGUGGCUCUCAUAGUACCUUACAAUGCUGCUUUCAACAGAGAUCCUGAUGGAGAAUGUAGUAGAACCAACCUAAAACCUUCAAUAGCCUGUGAUAUAUUGGUGGAGAUGAUAUUCAUUCUAGAUAUUUUUUUCAACUUCCGGAUGUCUUUUAUCAACAAGAAGGGAGAAGUGGUUUAUAAACUCAAGGAUAUUGCGAUCAACUACAUAACAGGCUGGUUUCUACUAGACCUGUUUGCUGCACUUCCCUUUGAUCUUCUGUAUGCAACCUGCCUCAUUGAUAACAUGGACAACUUCACAUCUGUGGAUAUUCUAAAAUUGACCCGUCUAGUUCGUCUGGCAAGGUUUAUACAAAAGAUGGACAGGUUGUCCCAGUACAGUGCAGUUAUAUUAACAAUGUUAAUGAUAUUUUUUGGAUUUAUUGCUCACUGGUUAGCCUGUAUCUGGUUUGUUAUUGGAGUAAACCACACAGAGGAACAUCCAACAGGUUGGAUGAAACAACUGGCAGCGGAAAAUGAUUUGGAAAAUAUAACAAUGGUACCAAAGAUGGAUUCCUACAUAACAGCUCUGUACUUCACGUGUACCUCCCUGACAACGGUUGGGUUUGGAAAUGUUGCCGGAAACACGAGGAUAGAGAAAUUGUUCUGUAUCUUUGUCAUGUUCGUAGGAGCUCUAAUGCACGCGACUAUAUUUGGAAAUGUUGCCUCUAUAGUUGGUCGAAUAUAUGUUCGGAGACAAGAAUACGACAGAAAGAUGUUGGAUUUAGACCAUUUUGCAAAGAUCCACAAAAUUCCGAAAGAUAUUCGACACAGAAUGGAGGAUCAUCUUCAGACUAAAUGGUUUUUCAACAAUGGAAUAAAUUACGAGAUAUCAGCUGAGUAUCC